UCGCCAUCGCUGAUUUGCCCGCUCUAGUACAAGUCGUCGCCGUGAGAUUUUUAUAUUUUUCUUUAGGUUGAAAGGAAUUCCCACAUUCUUGACAAGUUUGGUGGCGUAGCAAUCCAAGGAAUAAUGGCUGCGCUAAUUUUAACAAGGAAUGUCCAAUUGGCAAAACAACACACCAAUGGCGUUUUGGGAGUGCUGUGUUUGCGUACGGCUAACUAUUCCAGUGAUGCCCCACGUUCCCUUAAGACCACCAACUUGAGUGCCAUGAAACGCGGUACCGGCGGACGCAGCAGUUUCAAUGGCAUUGUAGCCACAGUGUUUGGCUGCACCGGCUUCUUGGGUCGUUAUGUGUGCAACAAAUUGGGCAAAUCGGGUACCCAAAUGAUUUUGCCAUACCGUGGUGAAGACUCUGAAGCCAUUCGUCUCAAGGUUUGUGGCGAUUUGGGUCAAGUUUUGUUCCAAUUUUAUCAUUUGUGCGAUGAGGAGGCCAUCCGCAAGGCUGUCAAAUACUCCAAUGUGGUCAUUAAUUUGGUGGGCCGUGAAUAUGAGACAAAGAAUUUCAAAUUCAACGAUGUUCAUGUUGAUGGUGCUCGUCGCAUUGCACGCAUUUCCCGUGAAAUGGGCGUUGAUCGCUUGAUUCAUGUGUCGGCCUUGAAUGCCGAUCCCAACCCAAAGAGCCACAUCAUUGAGGGUGGCAGCAAUUUCUUGCGCAGCAAAUACUGGGGUGAACAGGCCGUACGUGAAGAAUUCCCCGAAGCCACCAUUAUCAGACCAGCUGAUAUCUAUGGCUCUGAAGAUCGUUUCUUGCGCUACUAUGCCCACAUCUGGCGUCGUCAAAUGCGUGCCGUUCCAUUGUGGCACAAGGGUGAGCGCACCUUUAAACAACCCGUUUAUGUUUCGGAUGUUGCCCAGGCCAUUAUCAAUUGUGCCAAGGAUCCUGAUACUGCCGGUCAAGUUUACCAAGCUGUUGGACCCAAACGUUAUCAAUUGAGCGAAUUGGUCGACUGGUUCCAUCGCAUUAUGCGCAAAGAUUCCGAAUGGUGGGGCUAUCAACGUUACGACUCCCGUUUCGAUCCCUCCUUUGUCUUGAAAGCCAAACUUACCGAAAUGAUUUGCCCCGGUGCCCCCGUCGGCGGUCUCCAUCCCGAACGUUUGGAACUUGAAUGUGUCUCUGACAAAGUGCUAAACAAUGUACCCACCCUUGAAGAUUUGGGUGUUCAAUUGACCCCAAUGGAAAAUCAAGUACCAUGGGAAUUACGUCCAUAUCGGGCUGCUUUGUACUACGAUGCCGAUUUGAAUGAAUUCGAAAAACCUGCACCACCCAAAACAGUCACACCACGCGAAGAACAGCGACUCUCUGCAUAAGAUAUUCGUAAACGCCACCAUGACAAUGAAACGAUGUCGAUCCCAAUUGCCGGACAGCACAAACGCCAACGCAAAGAUCAUCAACAAAGUUGGGGUUGGUGGUGGCCUGCACAUCGUUUAGUAGGGAAACGGUUGCGUUUACGAGAAUUAUUAUUUAUUGUUUUGGUGGUACGUUCGCUGUGGUAUGGUGUAUUUAGUGAGGAAUAUUUAAAUGAAAUUGAACAAUUUUUCCAACAAUAAAAAUGGAUUCGAGAAAAGCAAAAUCACAAGUCGUAACAUGAAAAUUGAAGGUGUUAUAUUAAAAUAAUUUAAUCUAAAUAAAAAAAAUGUAAAGAGUGUAACACUCGAAACCUUAAAAAACAA